AUGAAGCGAAACUGUCGUUCUACCGUCCAUCCCGAGGAGGUGUUGACAGUGGUACAUAUUGUGUACCACUGUCAAGACACCACCUCACCGUGGGUGGUGAACGCCGCCUCACCGUGGGUGGUGAACGCCGCCUCACCGUGGGUGGUGAACACCACCUCACCGUGGGUGGUGAACACCACCUCACCGUGGGUGGUGAACGCCGCCUCACCGUGGGUGGUGAACGCCGCCUCACCGUGGGUGGUGAACGCCGCCUCACCGUGGGUGGUGAACACCACCUCACCGUGGGUGGUGAACACCACCUCACCGUGGGUGGUGAACGCCGCCUCACCGCGGGUGGUGAACACCGCCUCACCGUGGGUGGUGAACGCCGCCUCACCGCGGGUGGUGAACGCCGCCUCACCGCGGGUGGUGAACGCCGCCUCACCGCGGGUGGUGAACGCCGCCUCACCGCGGGUGGUGAACGCCGCCUCACCGCGGGUGGUGAACGCCGCCUCACCGCGGGUGGUGAACGCCGCCUCACCGCGGGUGGUGAACGCCGCCUCACCGCGGGUGGUGAACGCCGCCUCACCGCGGGUGGUGAACGCCGCCUCACCGCGGGUGGUGAACGCCGCCUCACCGCGGGUGGUGAACGCCGCCUCACCGCGGGUGGUGAACGCCGCCUCACCGCGGGUGGUGAACGCCGCCUCACCGCGGGUGGUGAACGCCGCCUCACCGCGGGUGGUGAACGCCGCCUCACCGCGGGUGGUGAACGCCGCCUCACCGCGGGUGGUGAACGCCGCCUCACCGCGGGUGGUGAACGCCGCCUCACCGCGGGUGGUGAACGCCGCCUCACCGCGGGUGGUGAACGCCGCCUCACCGCGGGUGGUGAACGCCGCCUCACCGCGGGUGGUGAACGCCGCCUCACCGCGGGUGGUGAACGCCGCCUCACCGCGGGUGGUGAACGCCGCCUCACCGCGGGUGGUGAACGCCGCCUCACCGCGGGUGGUGAACGCCGCCUCACCGCGGGUGGUGAACGCCGCCUCACCGCGGGUGGUGAACGCCGCCUCACCGCGGGUGGUGAACGCCGCCUCACCGCGGGUGGUGAACGCCGCCUCACUGCGGGUGGUGAACGCCGCCUCACCGCGGGUGGUGAACGCCGCCUCACUGCGGGUGGUGAACGCCGCCUCACCGUGGGUGGUGAACGCCGCCUCACCGCGGGUGGUGAACGCCGCCUCACCGCGGGUGGUGAACGCCGCCUCACCGUGGGUGGUGAACACCGCCUCACCGCGGGUGGUGAACGCCGCCUCACCGCGGGUGGUGAACGCCGCCUCACCGCGGGUGGUGAACGCCGCCUCACCGCGGGUGGUGAACACCGCCUCACCGCGGGUGGUGAACGCCGCCUCACCGCGGGUGGUGAACGCCGCCUCACCGCGGGUGGUGAACACCGCCUCACCGCGGGUGGUGAACACCGCCUCACCGCGGGUGGUGAACGUCGCCUCACCGUGGGUGGUGAACGCCGCCUCACCGCGGGUGGUGAACGCCGCCUCACCGCGGGUGGUGAACACCGCCUCACCGCGGGUGGUGAACACCGCCUCACCGCGGGUGGUGAACGCCGCCUCACCGCGGGUGGUGAACGCCGCCUCACCGCGGGUGGUGAACGCCGCCUCACUGCGGGUGGUGAACGCCGCCUCACCGCGGGUGGUGAACGCCGCCUCACCGCGGGUGGUGAACGCCGCCUCACCGCGGGUGGUGAACGCCGCCUCACCGCGGGUGGUGAACGCCGCCUCACCGCGGGUGGUGAACACCGCCUCACCGCGGGUGGUGAACACCGCCUCACCGCGGGUGGUGAACGCCGCCUCACCGCGGGUGGUGAACGCCGCCUCACCGCGGGUGGUGAACGCCGCCUCACCGCGGGUGGUGAACGCCGCCUCACCGCGGGUGGUGAACACCGCCUCACCGCGGGUGGUGAACACCGCCUCACCGCGGGUGGUGAACGCCGCCUCACCGCGGGUGGUGAACACCGCCUCACCCCGGGUGGUGAACGCCGCCUCACCGCGGGUGGUGAACGCGUACGCCGCCUCACCGCGGGUGGUGAACACCGCCUCACCGCGGGUGGUGAACACCGCCUCACCCCGGGUGGUGAACGCCGCCUCACCGCGGGUGGUGAACGCCGCCUCACCGCGGGUGGUGAACACCGCCUCACCGCGGGUGGUGAACGCCGCCUCACUGCGGGUGGUGAACGCCGCCUCACCGUGGGUGGUGAACACCGCCUCACCGCGGGUGGUGAACGCCGCCUCACCGCGGGUGGUGAACGCCGCCUCACCGCGGGUGGUGAACGCCGCCUCACCGCGGGUGGUGAACACCGCCUCACCGCGGGCGGUGAACACCGCCUCACCGUGGGUGGUGAACACCGCCUCACCGCGGGUGGUGAACACCGCCUCACCGCGGGUGGUGAACAUCGCCUCACCGCGGGUGUAA